AUGGAGGCGAAGCAUGCGCCAUUGAAAAAGGUCCGUGUGGCGGACACGGUUGUUCAGGCAUGCUACGCCCAUGCAUUCUCCACGGAGCAGGAGGAGGUGAUGGGUUUACUGCUCGGGGAAAUAUGUGUUGCAAAGGACUCCGAUCCAUAUUCGGAUGUUGGAAGUGAAGAUUUCCGUUCCAGCCCUAUUUUAUACAAGGAAGCCAACGUGUGGGAUUCGUGGGUAGUGCAGCGCAGCGUGCGUCGCUCGGACCGUGUGGAAACUGCGCCUGAGGUGCUUUCCGGCGCUAGUGAGGAAGCAGAGCGUUGCACAGAGUUAGUGGGGACACAUACACGGGUUAUAGGUUGGUAUCACAGCCAUCCACGUAUUACACCAUAUCCCUCGCACGUGGACCUUCGCUCGCAACUGUCAUACCAAAUGCUGGAGAGUGGAUGGGUGGGUCUCAUAUUCAGUGUUUUCUACUGCGACAGCACGCAGCGGAAUGCCACAUCUAUUCACUGCUUCCGUACGGGACCUGGUGAAACACAUGAGAUGGUGGAGUUGGAGGUUGUUCCCAUUUCCCAGAUGCCGCUCAAAUCACCACCUGUGAUUGAUAUAACAUACCGGCUUUUGCAAACGUUUCGAACGGAAGUGGAGGCGGCUGUGGAACUCGUUCGUCAGCGAUGUGGUGGGAUGGCUGAUGCCGUAGAGGCGGCACGCGGUUUGCAGGAUGCUCAAUUCUACACGCUGAACAAAUUGAUAGCGGAACCUGCUCUAUUAUAUUUGCUGCGCGCCAAUGACGAACUGGAAACGAAAGUUGUCGCUCUGGAGAACCGGCUGCGUAUUUCCAAGUGA